UCAAGCCACUUUAUCAUAUUGGUUUGAGACUCACAACAAACAGCAGGUGUGCAGAUCCAAGGAUGGAGGCAAACCAAAAGCGAAGUAGAGGUUUCUUUAAGGGAAAGCUGAUGCCAUUCCAUCGGGUGCCGAAGCCCGCCGCGACCGCACAAACAAGGGUGAUGAAGGCUAACCAGCCCACGGCUUGCCCUGCGGCUUCGGUAGGGAUCUUGGUCCACCAAGACUACGCGAUUGCGCGGCCAAAACCAAAGGUCUCGAUCUUGGUAGCAGGUAGUCGUUGCGACGUGAUGAGCCAACGAUGGGAAGAGGUGUACGGGAUGGCAGGCGAUGAAAGCGUCGACACCAAAGCUGCGAUCUAUAUAUCAACAGUUCAGGAGCGUUUGAAGUUGGAGCAUUUAAACUCGGAACGAAUCCCGAUUCAAGACAACCAAGCUUAAUUAGUCAUCACAGUUUGAGUGACUUUGUGCAGAGUUAUGGUGAUGUUGCGUGAGUUGUGUAUCUAAUCAUCUGGGAAGGUUUAAAGAAUAGUUCAGCGCGAAAUUAGGUGAAGAAUGAUGGAGUUAUUGUUCAAAUUUGUGACUGUCAUGCAUUAAAAUUUAAGAACCCAAAGUACCUGCUUCA